CAGCCGUUCCGGGCGCCGCCACCCGCGGUCCCCGCGUUUCCCGAGGCCGCUCCGCGGUGACCCCCGGCGGUGGCGGAGCGGCUCCCCGAUCCCCGCUCGCCGCUGCGCCUUUAACGCGGCGCCCGCCGCCUCCCAGCCCGGCCCGGCCGCGGCGGCGCAGCGAAGAUGGCGGAGUCCGGAGGUGCGGAGUUCGGAGCGGAGCGGCCCAGCAGCAUGGCUGACAAGAACAGCACCCUGAAAUGCACGUUCUCUGCUCCUGGCCACAGCACCACUCUACUGCAGGGACUGGCCUCGCUCCGAGCUCAGGCUCAGCUGCUUGAUGUCAUCCUCACUAUAAAUAAUGAAGUGUUUCAGGUUCAUAAAGUUGUCUUGGCUGCCUGCAGUGACUAUUUCAGGGCGAUGUUCACAGGCGGGAUGAGAGAAGCCAGCCAAGACGUGAUCGAACUGAAAGGUGUAUCUGCAAAGGGACUGAAACACAUCAUAGACUUCGCGUACAGUGCUGAAGUGACUCUGGAUCUUGACUGCAUUCAGGACGUUCUGGGAGCUGCUGUCUUCCUCCAGAUGGUGCCUGUCGUGGAGCUCUGCGAGGAAUUCCUGAAAUCUGCCAUGAGCGUAGAAACGUGUCUCAAUAUCGGGCAGAUGGCCACCACCUUUAGCCUCGCCUCCUUAAAGGAAUCCGUCGAUGCAUUCACCUUCAGGCAUUUCCUCCAGAUCUCCGAGGAGGAGGAUUUCCUCCACCUGCCUCUGGAGCGCCUCGUUUUCUUCCUGCAGAGCAAUAAGCUGCAAAGCUGCAGCGAGAUCGACCUGUUCCGCGCCGCCGUCCGCUGGCUGCAGUACGACCCCACGCGCCGUGCCAGCGCCAGCCAGGUGCUCUGCCACAUCCGCUUCCCGCUCAUGAAGUCCUCCGAGCUGGUGGACAACGUGCAGACCUUUGACAUCAUGGUGGAGGACGUCCUGUGCCGGCAGUACUUGCUGGAGGCCUUCAAUUACCAGAUCCUGCCUUUCCGGCAGCACGAGAUGCAGUCCCCCCGCACCACCAUCCGCUCCGACGUCCUGUCCCUCGUCACCUUCGGCGGCACUCCUUACACCGACAACGACCGCACCGUCAGCUGCAAGGUGUUCUGCCUGCCUGACGCCGGCGGGCGCCAGUUCAAGGAGCUGACGGAGAUGGAGGUGGGCAGCAGCCAUUCCUGCGUGGCCGUGCUGGACAACUUUGUCUACAUCGUAGGGGGGCAACACCUGCAGUACCGGAGCGGCGAAGGAGCGGUUGAUAUCUGCUACCGUUACGAUCCUCACCUCAACCAGUGGCUGCGAAUCCAGGCCAUGCAGGAGAGCAGGAUCCAGUUCCAGCUGAACGUCCUGCACGGCAUGGUGUACGCCACGGGCGGGAGGAACCGCUCGGGGAGCUUGGCUUCUGUGGAGAAGUACUGCCCCAAAGACAACGAGUGGACUUACGUGUGCUCCCUGAAGCGCAGGACGUGGGGGCACGCCGGGGCCACGGUGGGGGACAAGCUGUACAUAUCGGGUGGGUACGGGAUUUCGGUGGAAGAUAAAAAGGCCCUGCACUGCUACGACCCGGCCGCGGAUCAGUGGGAGUUUAAAACCCCGAUGAACGAACCCAGAGUCCUGCAUGCCAUGGUCAGUGCAAAUAAUAGGAUUUACGCUCUGGGAGGCCGCAUGGACCACGUUGACCGUUGUUUCGAUGUUUUGGCCGUGGAAUAUUAUGUGCCUGAAACAGACCAAUGGACAACAGUGAGCCCCAUGCGCGCAGGUCAGUCGGAAGCCGGCUGUUGUUUGCUAGAAAAAAAGAUUUACAUCGUAGGGGGGUACAACUGGCAUCUGAACAACGUCACGAGCAUUGUGCAGGUGUACAACACAGAAACUGAUGAAUGGGAAAGGGACCUGCAUUUUCCAGAGUCUUUUGCUGGGAUAGCAUGUGCUCCUGUGAUACUGCCACAGAUCACGACGCAGAGAUAACUGAGCUGCUGUGCUGGCCGUGGGGUCGCCUCGUGUUGCAUGUCGUUGGGAUGGCGUGUCGUUUUCCUUGUUUGCAAAUGGCAUCGUGCGUUUUCUGGGCGAGGGAAGGAGAAAAAUAGCUUGCGUUCCCUCCUCUGUGAAGUCCCUCCUCUUCUCUUACAUAGUGUUCUGGCAAGCGUGCUUUGUCAGAAGCACUUGUCAGCUAGUUAGACUUAGCAGAUGUUACAGCUGGAAAAAGCUUUUCUCUUUUUUUCUUUAUCUGAAAAGUGUGUGUGUGGGGAGGGGGGUGGGAAUGCAUUCUGCCAACUUUCCAUAUUUUUAACAAUAUUACACAUUGCAAACAUUGACAGCUCAGGAGUCACUAAGUACUGUGGUAUGUUUCAAAGAGUUCAGGUGUGAUUUUUACUAAUAGCUCCAAAAAUCAUUGUGUGUCGAUUUGUUGUUUUUUAGCAAAGAAAAAAAAACCAAAACCUGUAUAACACACUGACCUCCAGAAGCAAUAAAGAGACAGCGGGAGCUGGAAGAGCUCAGGUGCUUGGGCUGGGAAAGCAGAUCCUUGCUUUUCAGAGGUGAUUUGCUUUGUUUUUCCCCUCGUACAAGGGGAAUGCUUACCCCUGCACACCUCUAGCCUCUGUUGGUUCUUCCCUGUUUGGAUUACACCACAAUUCCAGAUCCCCUGCUCACCCCCUCCGGACAUCAGCAUGAUAUUCUUGUCCAGAAAUUCUCCCUUAACUGGGGCAUCCUUGGUUCACAGCACUAAAGCCAUGUUGAUAACUUGAUCACACAGAAACGAGCACGAUUUUUUAUAGCUGCCAAAAAUUUGUUUGGCUUCACUGGCAAUAAGAGCUCGGCAGCUGCUGUCUGGGCUGACCCAACACAGGCUGAAGCAGGGAGCACCCAGGGGCUGCGCAGGACCUGCCUGCACGCAUCACCCAGCCCGUUCUGCACAGGGAGGUGGGUGCUGCUCAUUCACCUGCUGGAGGGUUUUCUCUCUUGACUUGUAAAGAGGAGCCUGGGUUUCGUGACGAGAUGGAAGUCCAGGCGAAUGGCCUCUGUUGCUGGUGGGUGUUUUAAAUUAAGAGAUUGGUUUCAAGACGGCUCUGUCAUUUUUGUGAAAUUCUGCUGCACAGAAUACUGUUAUUUCUUGAACUGUCCUUUCCUCCAAGCCAUUUUUUUUCUAAUUAAUUUUGACUGAGAAAUGAAGUUGAAGUUUCUUCCUUUACCAGGCAUUCUGUUUCAAGGGCUUUGUUUUGUACCUGUGGAAGUUGGGUUUUGAUGGAGGUAGCCUUCUUUUCAGAGAAACUGUUGCGUUCUGCUGGUUAAAUAAAUGCCGUGCUGUAACCCUUAGAGACAACGUCUGAUGUCUGUGUGGCGGAUGAAUCACUCAUCAGGGCUGUGCAAAGCAUGAACUCCGUACCUCAGAUUCACUUAAGGAUAUUUCUGACCAUGGAAGCACUUUUGAGUGCUCAGACCUCAGCUCAUUUCUGCAUUUGAAAUUUCAGUUAAAAUGAUGCACAGUUUGGUUUGUUUCUAUCUAUCUGCUGGUUUGCCAAUAAUAAAUGGAUGGAAAGUG